AAGAAAGCGUCUUGUCGUACAGUUAAGGAACAAAGAUGGGGGCAGUAGUCGGCUGUCUGGCAACGCAGGUCGCCUGUUGUUUUGGAUCUGCUGCAUGCAGUUUGUGUUGUGCAUGCUGUCCAUCAUGUAAGAACUCAACGGCUUCUCGUAUUGGUUAUGCUAUAUUACUACUGAUUGGUGUAAUUGCAGCAUGUUUGAUGCUGACUCCCGCAGUUCGAGAUUUACUCUUACAGAUCCCUUAUUUGUGUGAAGAAGGUGAUCUCAUACCAGUUUGGGAGGGUGACAAUUAUCGGAUUGCAUCUGACAGAGUUUGUAAUUUACUGGUUGGAUACUCCGCUGUUUAUCGUAUCUGUUUUGGUUAUGCAUGUUUUUUCUUUUUGAUGAUGCUUAUCAUGAUAAAUGUCAAGUCAAGUAAAGAUCCAAGAUCUGGAAUACAGAAUGGUAAAUAUUUUUUUAUAGCAUGGAUGAUUAUUGGCAUGAUUGGAGCUUUUAUCUUUAUUAUUAUUCAGUUGGUACUCCUGAUUGACUUUGCCCACUCUUGGAAUGAAUCAUGGGUUGAAAAAAUGGAAGACAGCAACUCAAAAGCAUGGUACUUUGCACUGUUGGUGUUUACUAUAUUAUUCUAUUUGCUGGCAUUGGCUGGAAUUAUCGUCUUUUACAUAUUCUACACCACACCCCAUGACUGUGCACUGAAUAAGUUCUUCAUCAGCUUUAACAUGAUAAUGUGUAUUAUUCUGUCAGUUAUAUCUAUCCAUCCCAAGAUACAAGAAGCCCAGCCACGUUCUGGUCUUCUUCAGGCUUCUGUUAUCUCUCUGUAUAUUGUCUAUUUGACUUGGUCUGCCAUGUCAAGUGAACCUGAUAAUGUGUGCAAUCCAAAGUUGAGUGAUAUAUUUCAUCGUCUUACGCCUAGUAUAAAUGCUACUGUUGCUCCAACUGCAACUCCAGACCCCAAUUCUGUACCGACCAUUUCUUCUCUUGGUGCAGAAGGCAUUAUUGGUUUAGCUCUCUUUAUUCUCUGUGUUCUUUAUGCAAGUAUUCGUACUGCAAACACCAACAACAUCAGUAAAUUGACUGGCUCUAACGAGAAGGUGCUUAUCGAUGAAAAGCCAAAAGAAGCUGGAGGUGAGAGUGGAGAUGAAGAAGACCAGAAAGUAUAUGAUAAUGAAAAAGACGGUGUUGCUUAUAGUUACUCAUUCUUUCACUUCAUGUUCUUCUUGGCUUCUCUUUACAUCAUGAUGACACUCACUAACUGGUACAAUCCAUGGGCAUCAUCUUUGGUUAGCUAUGGUCACAGCUGGUCAUCAGUAUGGGUGAAGAUGACAUCAUGUUGGCUGUGUAUUGUACUAUAUGUCUGGACUUUGAUUGCUCCAGUCAUCUUAACUGGCAGAGAUUUCAGCUAAAUAACAUAUACGCUGGAGAAAACUGAAAUAAAGAUCAGUUUUGAAAAGAGCAUCUCAGUAGUGAUGUUAUAAAUACUGUAAUUAUCCUCAUUGUGUUGUAUUGACUGACUCAAAAUGAAUGAUUUCUACUGCAUCCUGCCAGAACUGAUAAUAAUUAUAAUUUUUAUGAUACAGUUGUUAUGCAGAAUGUGUAGUGUAUGUAAAAAAAACAGUGUCCAUUGCAAUGACUGUGGUACUUUCAAACCGAUAUAAAUCAAAUGAAAUGGCAUUUUGUUGUCAGUCAAUUCAACAUAUGAAAAUGUGGUAUAAUAUUAAAUCUUUGAUAUCCAAGAUUAAGUAAUGUAUUUCUCUGUCAUCGAUACAUGCAUAGAGUUAAGGAUAUAUACGUGUAAUCUUGUAAUCUUUGCACUAGUUGCAGGACUUCCCUG